CUCUGCUUCUUUCUGUCCGCCAAUAGCAACAGAAUUGCGGGAAUAAGGAGAAAAACAGAAGGAAUUAGUUAGCUCAUCCACAUAUAUCACAGAAAAAGAGCCUUAAAGCUUUGAUAGAUUAUUAAAAUCUUCUUACAAGGCUAAAAUGGAUCUCAACCAGUAUCCUGGAGAGAAUUAUGCCAAUCCAAGGACAUGCUUCUUUCAUGUUCUAUUCAAGGCUUCAUCUUUGGCAUUUUACAUACUCUCUGCCCUGUUUAUUGAUAAUUUUGUUAUCAUUUUUGUGGUGACUGUUCUCCUUUCUGCUCUUGAUUUUUGGGUAGUCAAGAAUGUGAGUGGUCGUAUCUUAGUUGGUCUUAGGUGGUGGAAUGAAAUAAAUGAUCUGGGUGAGAGCGUUUGGAAAUUUGAAUCCCUUGAUCAAGAGUCAUUGUCUCGACUGAACAAGAAAGAUUCAUGGUUAUUCUGGUGGACUCUUUACCUAACGGCUGUUGCAUGGUUUAUACUUGGAAUUUUCUCCCUCAUAAGGUUUCAAGCGGAUUACUGCCUCAUUAUUGGAGUUUGUUUGACUCUCAGUGUUGCAAACAUCAUUGGCUUUACUAAAUGCCGCAAAGAUGCCAAGAAGCAGAUUCAACAGUUUGCAUCCCAGACUAUUGCAUCUCAAGUCUCAUCCACUCUUCAGUCAGCAUUCAGUGUUGUGUGAAACCAUUAGAGAAGAAGGGCAUAAGGGUGCAAGAUGUGCAGUUUUUGUAGGUAACAUUGAUAGAUUGGAGGCAGCACUGUACAAAUUUACAGCGUCGAGCCGGUUGAUUCUUUAAACUUCUGUAGGAAUUGGAUACACAAUAGAUGCUUUUGUAUGAUCUUGGAGACAUUUAAUUGCUUGUAAUUGUUUAUGAGAAAAAGUUAAUAGCAGAAGAAUAAUUUUCCCUUUUCAUUAUCA